UGGAGCGGACAUGGCUGUUCGGGUGUGUGUGAAGGAGGAGGAGGAGGAGGACGCGGCGGCUCGUGGGCACAUCUGAAGUAAGACAUUCUAGAACCUCGGCGAUGGAUUUCGUCCUGAGCGGAAUCGCCGCUUGCAGCGCGUGCCUGUUCACCAACCCGCUGGAGGUGGUGAAAACACGCAUGCAGCUGCAGGGAGAGCUGAAGGGCCGGGGCACAUACCAGGUUUACUAUCGGAACGUCUUUCACGCGUUUUACACGAUCGGUAAAGUAGACGGCCUGGCGGGCUUACAGAAGGGCUUGGUGCCGGGACUGGUGUACCAGUUUUUCAUGAAUGGAGUCCGGCUCGGCUCGUAUGCUGUCAUUGAGUCCUCCGGUUACAUCCACACGGACGGCAGAGUCAGCGCUGUGAAGACCACGGCUGCCGGAGCGGCGGCUGGUGUGGUGGGGGCCGUGAUGGGAAGUCCCAUAUACCUGGUUAAGACUCAUCUUCAGAGUCAGUCAACCUCCUCCAUCGCUGUUGGACAUCAGCAUAAACAUCAGGGAAUGCUCCAUGCUCUGGCAGCCAUUCACAGAGAGCAUGGAAUUCUGGGACUGUGGCGGGGCUCCAGUGCUGCCGUGCCGAGGGUUAGCGUGGGGUCAGCUGCACAACUCUCCACCUUCUCCGCCUCCAAGGAGCUUGUGGUUGAUCUGCAGGUGUUCUCAAGAGACAGCUGGCUCGUGGCCUUGAGCGCCGGCAUGAUCAGCAGCGUGGUCGUGGUGUUCGCCAUGACGCCUUUCGACGUAGUGAGCACACGGCUCUACAACCAGCCUGUGGACCACCGGGGCAAGGGCCAACUUUAUCAAGGAUUUGCUGACUGCUUCUCCAAGACGCUGAAGAAGGAAGGCGUGACGGGACUUUACAAGGGCUUGGGAGCCUCCUACUUCCGGCUAGGCCCGCACACCAUCCUGUCCCUGCUCUUCUGGGAUCGGCUGCGCAAACUGUACCAGCGAUACAGAUAG